AUGCGGCAUCUGGAUCGGUCUUCGUGGAUAGACGGAUGGACAGAAUGGAACACGCCCACUCAACAUUACGACGCCAACUCCACAGGCCCACCCCCACCAACAAGCGUGCUCAUCACCGGCAUCGCACCACUAACCCCCAACCCCGCGCUCCGGCGCACACUCGCGCAACACGGCACGCUCGUCUCCUUCGAGCCGCAGAUCGACAAAGAGAAUGGGAGUGCGCUUGGUGUGGUGUUUGUCAGGUUUCAGAGCCAUGAAGAGGCGAGGCGGUGUGUGGAGAAGGAGAAUGGGAGGAGGGGUGGCGUGGCGGGUGUUGGUGGUGUCGGGAUGGGUGGUGUGGGCCAGGGGAUGGGGAUGGGAUUGGGAGGACAGGGAGAGGUGGAAGAGUGGAGAGUUGUGUUUGAUGGUGAAGGUCUCAAGCUCAAAGCGGUCGUGAAAGAGCUCGAGGAGCGGAAGAAGCGGGAGAGGGAGGAGAAGCGCAGGCUUGCGAGCCAGAAUCAGUCCCAGUCCCAGUCCCAGUCUCAUCAGCAUCAGACGAACGGGCGUGAUGCACCGAUGCAUACGCAUAGUGUUACUGCGCUCCCUUUGCCGCCUGGCCCGAUGGCCACGCCGCAUUCACAUUCGCAUUCGGCGUCGAGGGGCGCGGCGACGCCGUUAAGCAGCAGUGGUACCCCGCAUUCGCAUUCGCAUUCGGUGGCGCAGAGUCCGGUGCCAGGGAAGAGGUUGCAUUCGCAUGGGCAUGGACAUGGCCCCUCGCAUUUGAGCAACUCGUUGCCGCCGAAACCUGUUGGUGUGGAUGAGCAGCCGAAGCCUGUUGCGCCGCCUGCGGCGUUGAUGAAGGCGCGUGCGGAAGCGGCGCGCGGGGAGAGGGAGAGGGAGAGAGAUCGUGAUAGAGAUAGGGAUAGGGAUCGAGACCGGGAUCGAGACAGAGACAGGGAUAGAGAUAGAGAUAGAGACAGGGAUAGGGAACGAGGACGCGACAGGGACCGCGAACGACCAGAAGAGCGCCGCGGACAAGGCCCGUACUCGCGGUACAACGCGUCGCGCGGCAAGAUGCCCAUGAUGCCGCUGCGUCGGACACUGUACAAGGCGUCGCCGAUGGACGACACGUCGCGCUCGCCGUCGCCGUCGCGGGGCGGCGCCGAGUCUGGCUUGAGCAUGGGGAUGGGCGGUGCGUCGUACGGGCAGGACACGAUGUCGGCAGAUGCCAAGGAGAAGCAGAGGCAGGAGAUCGUGAGGCAGCUUGCGAGUAAUGGGUUUGACCAUGUGCAUAUGGAGGGCAGCGCGCAGUUUGUUGGGUCGGUUCCGGACCAGGUCGUCUUUGAGUUCUUUGCGGGGUUUCCAGUCGACAAGAUUCUGCGCGACCACACGGGUCUCUAUGUCACUUUCACAAAGGCGUCUUCGGCACAUAGCGCUCGGGCGCUAUUGCAUGGCAAAAGCCUCGCGUUCCAAACGACUACGCUGACCGUGCACGCACCGCCCGUCUACGAGCGCGUCGUCGGCAAAACGCACUGGUCCCCUACGGAGCUCGUCGACGAGGCGCAAAAGAUCAUCGUGAAAGAGCUCAAGGCGCUGCUCGAAAAGGACAUCGCGGACCAGCUCGUCACGCGCGAUCUGAAGAAGGUGUGGUUUGAGGAGCGUGCAAGGUUUAUGAGUGCCAUGGCGGUUAAACCUGAGGUUGCAAAGUCUGCGGAUAGGAAGGGGGGGUUGAAGGGGCUGUCGUUUAAGAAGGAGGUGAAGAAGAAGACGCCGGAGCCUGAACCUGAACCUGAGCCGGAGCCGGAGCCUGUUCAUGAACCUGAACCUGAAAUUGAGGAGGAGCAGGUGGAGACCAAGGAUGAUGAGGAGAUGGAUGUUGAUGAAGAGGAAGAGGUUGAGAAGCCCACGAAAAAGAAGAAGAAAAAGUCAGAGGUGGUGAAAAAGCCGAGCCGCAGGAUCAUCGAGGACGACGAGGUCGAGUCUGAAGAAGAGGACGAGGACGAUCUGGCGCGUAUCGCUGCGUUUACGGCUGAGCAGGCGCGCAAGCGGCUGGUAUCAGAGGACCGCGACGAAGAGGAGGAGCCUAUCAAGAAAAAGCCCCGCGUCGAGACUGUCAAGCCGGCGAAAAAGCAGACGAAAAAAUCCAAAAAGGCGCAACAGAAGCAGGCUGCCGCCGCUGCGGCUGCGGCUGCUGCAGCAGUCGAUGCAGUCAGCGAGGUCAUCCUGGGCGACGCGGAAGCUUUCGAGUCGCCGACGGUCACCCAACUUCGUCUGGAGGACUCGUCUGUGACGCCGUCGCGCUCUCCUACGCCUGCCGCGCGACAGCCCAAACGACGAAAACGCCCUUUGUCUCCGCCACCGCCUUCGCCACCGCCAGAUCCUAUCGCACUUGGUCUAUGCGAAGACGACGAGGACAUGUUCUUUGCCAAACUCGUCUUGUCUGGCGAGUCUCCGAGCGAGGAAACGCCACAGCCGCCACCCUCGUCGUCCGACGUGCCUACCUUUCGCAAGCACCUCACUGGCAGCGCGAGAACGGAGGGCUAUUAUAAGAUCACCCACGCGGAAAAGGCAGCGUAUGUCGCGCAGUACCAGGCACGUGCUGCGAACGCGGGCACGGCGCCUCCCGUGGUGGACGAGCCCAAGCCUCAGCACGUCGAGACUUCGCGUGCGAAUCGUGCGAAUGCCCGACGCCGUGCCCAGGGUCUAGAGGAGAUCAACCAGGUCCAGCGCGCAGUCGCGCUCUCCAAGGGCGAGAACGCCGCGAACGAGCUCACGUUCAAGUUUAACCAGCUGCAGACGCGCAAGAAGCAUCUGCGCUUUGCCCGGUCGCCGAUCCAUGACUGGGGUUUGUACGCGCUGGAGAAGAUUUCGCGGGGCGAGAUGGUGAUCGAGUAUGUGGGCGAGGUUAUUCGGGCCCAGGUCGCGGAUAAGCGAGAAAAGGCGUACGAACGGCAGGGUAUUGGCAGCAGUUACCUGUUCCGUAUAGACGAAGAUCUUGUUGUGGACGCGACGAAGAAGGGAAAUCUUGGCGGGGAGAAAAAGAUCGUCAUUUACGCGAAGCAAGAUAUUGAACUCGGUGAUGAGAUCACCUACGAUUACCACUUCCCCUUCGAGCAGGACAAGAUUCCAUGCCUGUGUGGCUCUGCCAAGUGUCGCGGAUUUUUGAACUAG